UCGAGAGUCGCGCGAGUCGGACGUGCAAUCGCCGUAGCGGAAUCGAGUGUGAUAAAAGUGAUCAGAACUUUGGCCCAGUGCAUUUGGCUAAUGGAAGUGGUGGCAAAAGUCAAAGCCACACGAUAUACUCGCAUUUAAAAACAAAUAAAUAAUGCAUAAGCAGGCGAGUUUGAAGUAAUUAGCACAACGAUGCUGCUGGCGGCCAACUGACCCACAUCGGGAAAUCGCUCUAAUUCAUAUUUGAUGUCGAGUGGGCCAGGAUAGCAGGAUAACAGGAUACUGCUGGCUCAUUUGCAUUUGCGUACAUGCAAAUAGUUCGAUCUGCAGGCGUUUGAGUGGCCGAAAGUGUUGGACUGUGCCAAAUACAUAACCUGCUAACGGGCAAAAAGCCACUGAAUAAAUGGCCCUUGUUCCUCGGUUCGUGUAAUGCGUCUACGAGUUUGGACCGUGUUCUGGCCGAGAAUCAAUUAAAAUUUAUUGCACGAGCAUGCCAAACAAUUCGCGGUUGCAGCCACAAAAACGCAUCUGAAAAACAAUGCCACUCCAAUCACUUGUGACCGCCCCCCGGCUAUGCAAAUUAGCCAUUGCAGCGAUUUUGCUAAUUCUCCAGCUAAACGCAAGUGUUGCGCUGCUGCUCAAGUGUCCGCUGCACCAGUUGCAGCUGCAGAAGAUUGUCGGAUUCCGUCCGCCGCUGGAGUAUCUGAACGCGGACAAUCGAAUCUACGGACCGGAAAUGGUGGACAACUUCAAGGAUCGCAACCGCCAACAGGAACUUCCGGCUAGCCAGGUGUGCUGGCGCAUCUGCAACGAGGAUCCCGAUUGCAUCGCCUAUGUCCAUCUGCUGGACACGGACGAGUGCCAUGGCUACUCGUACUUCGAGCGAACCUCGCGCUAUCUGGCCAUUUCGGGUGAACUGCCUCUGGUGGCCGAUGGCGAGGCCGUCUUCUACGAAAAGACCUGCCUCCGAGUUCCCGAUGCGUGCCGGGGGCGUCUCUGGGCACUGACCAAAAUCCCCGGCAGCACGCUGGUCUUCCACAGCAAGAAGACCAUUUCGACGCUGGUCACGCGGCGUGAGUGCGCCGAGCGCUGCUUCUUCGAAACCCAGUUCAUAUGCCUCUCCGCCUCCUUUGCGCCCUCCUAUCGGAACAAUCGUGAGCGCUUCCGCGGCGAGGCGGGUCCUGGCCAGCGUCCGUCUCCCCGCCUCGGCAGAUGCAUGCUGAGCGACAGGGACAAGACCGUCCAGCCAGACGCCUUCCGCGCGGCUCCGUACGACGAGGAGUACAUGGAGAACCAGUGCCACGAGCGAGCGGUCGAAAGUGACAACUGUUCCUACGAGCUGUACGCCAACAGCAGUUUCAUCUAUGCGGAGGCCCGGUAUUUGGGCCUCUCCCAGAAAGAGUGUCAGGCGUUGUGCUCCCACGAGGCGAAGUUCUACUGCCAGGGUGUUUCCUUCCACUAUGUGAACCAGCUCUCGCUGUCCGAGUGUCUCCUCCACUCGGAGGACAUUGUAUCCCUGGGUCCACGAAGUCUGAAGCUCCGUGAAAACUCGGUGUACAUGCGAAGGGUCAAGUGCCUGGAUGUCCGGGUGUUUUGUACCCGCGAUGAGAUGACCAUCAAGUACAACCCCAAGGACUGGUUCGCCGGCAAAAUCUAUGCCAGCAUGCACUCCAAGGACUGCCUGGCCAGAGGAUCGGGCAAUGGGAGUGUCCUGCUGACGCUCCAGAUCGGCAGCGAGGUAAAGGAGAACCGCUGUGGCAUUCUGCGUGCCUACGAAAUGACGCAGGAAUACCAAAGAACGUUCAUAUCUGCUCUGGUGGUCAUCCAAAACAAUCCAAAUGUGCAGACCCAGGGUGACCGGCUCAUCAAGGUUGGAUGUAUACAGAGCAAUGCCACCACGUCGCUGGGCGUUUCGGUUCGGGACAGCAGUGUGGAUAGCUCAGAGCCGGUGCCCAGCGCCAUUGCACUGGAGUCCUCAUUGGAGUACGCAGAACACAUGUUCCCACACGAGGGUGUGGUGCACUACAACAGCAGCACUGGCCCCCAUCCGCAUCCCAGCAUCUCCCUGCAGAUUGUGGAUCUGUCGCACCAGCACGAGACCAACGACGUUCAGAUUGGACAGAACCUGGAACUACAGAUUGUGGCGGAGUACAGCCCUCAGCAGUUGGCAGAGCACAUGGAGUUGCAGCUGGCUCCACUACCAGACUUUCGUGCUACCUCGCUGGUGGCCAAGACAGCGGACAACGAGAACUUUGUGCUGCUGAUCGACGAGCGAGGAUGUCCCACGGAUGCCAGCGUGUUUCCCGCUUUGGAAAGGGUCCACACAGCCAGCAGGAGCAUGCUGCGCGCUCGCUUCCAUGCCUUCAAGUUCUCGGGAACGGCCAACGUAAGUUUCGAUGUAAAGAUUCGCUUCUGCGUGGAGCGCUGCUCGCCCAGCAACUGUGUUAGUGCAUCCUGGCAGCGGAGAAGGCGACAGGCUGACCAACCAGAUCGUAGGCCGGAAGACCUAAGAGUUCAGAACCCUGUGUACAUCUCCACGGUGGUGGAUGUGGCUCCGCAUCUAGAGAAGAGUAACUAUACCAGAGCGCAGGAGGAAUUGCCCCUCAACUACAAUAUCCGGGUGCAUGGUCCGGACCAGAGCAACGCCAACAGUUAUUUGUACGGCGAGCGGGGAGUGCUGCUCAUUGCUGGCAUAGACGACCCGCUGCACCUGGAUAACGUUUGCAUCAACCAGAGCCUGCUGAUUGCACUGUUCAUCUUCUGGCUGAUCUGUCAAGUCGCCCUGCUCUUCGGCUGUGGAAUGGUGCUGCAGCGCUACCGCCGGCUGGCCAAGCUCGAGGAUGAGCGACGCAGGCUGCACGAGGAGUACCUGGAGGCGAGGAGAGUCCACUGGGCGGACCAAGGCGGAUACACACUCUAAUUGACGGCUGGAACGCAAUGCG